AUGUUACCAGAGCGAGCCAAUAUGAGCCAGCAGUUAACCUCUGAACUUGUUGUUUUCGUCACUCAUGUCGAACCUGAUGAUGUAUACCUGAAGAUAUGGGGUCAGGUGGACAAACAGGCAGCCACUGCCAUCGAGCAUUUUAUAUAUCCUUUGAUAGAACAGUUUAAUCAAGGAUAUGGCUGUCCAUCUAAAGCUAAUAGAUUGAUGGCUGGAUCAUUGUGCUGUGCUAGAUUUCAGACCGAAGGUUACUAUCGAGCAAAAAUAGUCAAUGUGCAUCCUGAUGACACAGUUGUCGUACAAUUUAUUGACUAUGGCAACAUGGAAGUUCUAUCACGGAACGAUAUCCAUCUAUUGGACAGCAUACGUGGAUCAGAAUCUCUACAAGCUUAUCCAGCAAUGGCAACUGAAUUUACAUUGCUUAAUGUAUUGCCUGUAAAUGGUGUUUGGGAAAAUAGAACGAUUGAGUCAAUUAGAAAAAAUUUAUGUUACAAUGAAUACAGAGCAUUGGUUCAGAUGAUGAAUAAUCAUUGCCUGAUUAAACUAUGGUACAACAACGAAGAUUUUAGCGAAUUAUUGGUCAAGGAACGUAUGGCUUUACCAGCCACUUUGCAAGACAUGUUUAGACCAAAACGUACACCGCAAUCUCGAAUGCUUCAACAAAUGCCAUAUCAUCAACAAAAUAAGGGCAAUAUGAAUUUUGCAGCCAUGCCAAUGAUGCAAAAUCCAAAUCAUAAUGUCAAUGUACAAGGAAUGUACCACAAGACUUUUUCUCCUAAUGUAAAUCAACCUAAACAUAUUGUUCAACCAAUACUGCAGCAUCCAUCGCCACCACAACCACAACCACCACCACCACCACCACCACCUGUUCAAGAAGCGCUCGUGUUUAAAUCACGAGUAUUAGAGGUGGGCUCACGUUAUGAAGUAUUCAUAUCGCACGUAGAAGAUGGCCCACAAAAAUUUUCUAUACAAGUUGAAAGCGCAAACGAUGUACUGACUCGUCUCAUGACUGAGAUAAACAAUCAUUCAAAAAAACCCUUGCAAGAACCACCACUACCAGGAUCAGUUUGCUUGGGACGAUACAAGGAUUCUGGAGAAGAUGGAGUACUAUGUCGGGCGGUUGUAAUGUCUGUUAUGGAGCAUAAAUGCAAACUCUAUUAUGUUGAUUUUGGCCAUACAGAAAUUUUACCGUAUACAGAUAUUUUUCAAUUGCCACCUGAAUAUAUUAAUCCUAAAGUGCUCUCCAUUCGAUUUACAUUAAGCGGCUUAAAAGAAUUAAUUAUCACACAAGAGAUGAAAGAGUACUUUAAGGAACUAGUGUACAGAAGAUUACUUAUUCUACAUGUCCGUCCACCUGAAGGACCACCGUUGAUUCAGUAUGGCGACUUGUACGACAAUGGUGUUAAUAUAAAGGAUCUGCUGAAAAAAGCAUUCCCAGAACCAGUUACAAUGGUGCCGGUAACAUAUUCAUAUCCACAAUUGAAACGAUUAGCAAAAGAUUUCCAGGAAGUUGUUUACGUUUCUUAUGUAGAAUCGUGCAAAAAAUUCUUUGUACAACUGGACAGUGGAGUAAAGUCUCUCGAGUCAAUAAUGGCUGGCCUAACGCAAUAUACCAAAACCGCGUCUACUUUAAAUAUAGCACAAUUGAAAACAGGACAACCCUGUGCUGCUUUAUACGAUUCACAAUGGUAUCGUGCACAAAUUCUUGGCAUUAUUGGAGACAAAGUCAAAGUAGUAUAUGUUGAUUAUGGAAACGAAGAGGUAUUACCUGUAAUAUCCCUUCGUGUAAUUCAUGGUGACUUAGUAACAAAAUUACCUGCACAAGCCAUACAAUGUGCGUUGAAUGGCUAUGAGGUACUUUCGUUAGAUCAAGAAGUCUCCAACCAUUUUGAAAGAUUAACACUCGAGAAACGUUUUUACAUGAAAGUAGUUGCUGCACAACCUAAUGGCCUAUUAGUUGAUUUAUUCGAAUUUGAUACAAUGAGAAGCGUUCAUCCUCAAUUAUUAAACAAUAUAUUCUGCGAUAAAACUGAUAAUUCUACAAAUGAAGAUGUUCAGCAUCCUGUAAAGAAUGAAUUUCAAAGUGAAAAUAAAGAUAAAUAUAAUAAAAGAAAUAACAUGGAUUCUUGGAAUCGUAAUCAAAAUGCUAAACCUUUCCAAGAUAAUAAAUCAAAUAGUUGGAGAGAUGAAUCGUCUCAGGAAAAACAGUACGAUAAUCGACGUGAAAGAGCCGGCGCCUAUCCCUAUCGUGACAGUUCACAGAACGAUCGAUUUAUUAGAGACAAACCAACGAACAAUAGAUUUGAUAGAGAAAAAUCGUAUAACAAAUACGAUGAGGGUGAUGUAAAUUCAUUUAACAGAGGUUCAUUUAAUAGAGGAACUCGCGAUAAUGGAAAUAGAUUCUCUGGUAACGAAAGGAGAUACAACCGUUACAAUUCUGAAAAAAAUAGCGAUAAAGAUUCAGAUACUUCGUCCAAAGAUAAUGAUAGACGAGGAAAAGGUGGUUUUAAACGUAAUGAUUUUAAUGAUAGCCGAGGAAGCCGUGAUGGUGGAGCAUCGGGCAAAUGGCAAACUUCAAAUUGGAAUGACAAAAAGCCACCUUAUAAGACUAAUUAUAGAAACGAGAAAUUUAAUGGUAAUGACAGCAACAAUAAAUUCAAGAAAGAAGACAAUACAAGUGAGACUGUAUACAAUCAGACAACUGAUUGUGAAUCAUGGGAUACGAAUGAUAUAAAUAACGAGCUACAGGACAAUAUUGCUGUUAGCAAAAAAUCUCAACUUAAGAAAAUUGAUAUUACUCUUGAUUCUGUAAAGAAUUGUGAACUUGUAUUUCUUAACAGUCCAUCGGACUUUUUUAUUCAGUUAAGUCCUGAUUGCUUAGAAUUAAACUCUGUCAUGGAACUUAUUGCUGCAACUUAUGAGAAUGGUGGAGAUAUAAUGCAAGCUUCCGAAAUACAAAGUGGUACAUAUUGUAUUGCUCAAUAUUCAGAGGAUCUUAAAUGGUACAGAGCAGUAAUAAAAUCUGUAGAAGAGAGCAGCGUAACUGUGGAAUUUGUCGACUAUGGAAAUACUGAAUCAGUCGAUUUUAUGAAUAUUAAAGUCAUUUUAGAAGAAUUUCUAAAAUUACCAAUGCAAGCAAUACAUUGUAAACUGCUCGGAUUGGCAAAUAUGGACAAUGAAGAAAAUCAAUAUGCGAUUUUCUUGGAGAAGACCGAAGGGAAAUCUUUACAGGUGAAAUUUGUUUCUGAAGAAAAUGAAAUAUAUGAAGUACUAUUAUGUGAAGUUGUUGAUAAUGUACCGAAUACUAAUUAUAUAAAUGAAGAGUUUGGCACAAUCGCAAAUUCGUCGAAAAUGGAACAAAUUGCAACAAAUAAAAAAGCAUUUAAUAUUGUGACAGAAAACAGAAUAGUUACAGAAUAUGCUCCUCCUGACUUAAAAUGGCAAACAACUUUAUACGAGCCUGAAUCUAAACAUGAUAUAGUCGUGACAUGGUUUAUUAAUCCUAAUAAGUUAUAUUGUCAACUAUUAUCUAAAGAAGCAGAAUUUAAAACAAUGAUGAGCGAUAUUCAAAAAAUAUGUGCUAAUAGUAAACCUGUGACAUACAAAUUGGAGAUCGGUUCAGCAGUCAUAGCUAUAUUUUCUGAAGAUAAAGCUUUUUAUCGAGCGGAAGUUAUGAGUAUUGAUGCUAAAAAAGAUGUAUUCGUAGUUCAGUAUAUAGAUUUUGGAAAUUACGCAAUCGUAGAUCGACAUAAUAUCUAUCCUGUCGAGAAGAAAUUCAUGCAGCUGUCCAAAUUAGCAGUGCUGUGUUCCUUAAAAGAUAUCGUACCUAAUAAUAAUAAUACGAAUUGGUCCGAAGUGGAUAAUGAUGCGCUUGACAGAUGCUUUAAUGCUGACAAAUAUAAAUGCACAUUCCAUAGUUUUAAAGACGAUUUAUAUGUAAUUUCAUUAAAUCGAAAUGGACAAGAUGUGGGUAGUAUAUUAGUACAACAAAAUCUUGCUGCCUUUACAAAAACCUUAAUUGAAACAGUUAACGAUACAGGUAAUAUAAAAGGAAACGAGCUCAUUGAUGUAGAAAGGGUGGACAUAAGUCUUUUAAGUGGUCAAACUCUCAAAAUGAGAAUUUCUAAUGUAGAAACUACAACACAGUUUUAUGUUCAGCUUCCAUCUGCCAUAAAAUGUGAAAACAUUGUCGAUCAAUAUAUGGCUGAUAAAGAUACAAAGGUGAUGCUACGAUUAUCAACCCGCGAAUUAUGUAUUGGCGCGGGUUGUUUAGUCAAUACAAAUGGAACAUGGAGGCGAGCUGUAGUAAUUAACUGUACACGGUCCGUCGGGUUUGACGUAAAGCUCAUUGAUACCGGGACGUACGAUGAAAUUUUGAAUAAUGCUUUAGCUUUACCUAGAGAGCUCGCAGUCAUGCAGAACCAAGCAUUAGAAUGCUCUUUACAAAAUGUACCAGCGUUGCCCAAUGCAGAAAAACAAUUGAAAGAACUUGAAGGUACAGAAGUAUUAAUUUAUGUGGAAGAAGUCAAUAAUAACAGACUUAUGGUAAAGUUGUACGAUCUAUUCGGUAAUGGCAUAAUGAAUACUGAAGAGAAGAUAUCACCCGUAUGUGCAAUGCCCAUUCUAAGUUCAACUCAAAAUGUCGCUGUAUCUUCUAUGGAUCAUUCUGCUAGCAUCUGGUUGCAACGAUCUUUAGAUGUGGAUGUUGAGGCUAAACUAUUGAAAGAUCUUGAACAAUAUUAUACUAAUUCUGGACAAAGACUCAAACCCGAAAUUCAUUCAUUAUGCGCGACGAAAUAUACAAAUGACGGCCAAUGGUACAGAGGAAAAAUCAUUAGUUUUACUGAAACGACGGCCUAUGUAAAUUAUAUUGACUAUGGCAACAAUGAGGAAGUUGCAUUAGAUUCGGUCAUGGUUUUGGAACCGCAGUUUUAUGAACCCCAUCAAUUAGCCAUAAAUGUAUCAUUGUCCGUAUCCCUUACUGGCACUGAAGCUGAACAGAACGAUAUAUUGCAAUCUCAUUUAAUAGGUAAAGAUUUUAUGGCUACAUUUUACAACGUACACCAAAAUUGGAUCGUUGAUCUAAUUGAAAAUGGAGAAAAGCUUAGUGAUAAAUUCCGUUCGUUGAAUCUAGUAAAAAUAGAACAAACAUCUGAAUUAGCAUCUCAACCAGCAUCUCAGAUAUACGAAACAACACCUGGCAUAUUCGACGUAUGUGUAUCUCAUGUGGAUUCUCCAAGUCAGUUCUGGUUGCAGCGUAUAGAUGAGACUACGUCUCUUAAUGAAAAACAAGAACAACUUCAGUUAGAGGUUCCGAAUUUUUUGACGAUCGAUGGUAUACCGGAAGAAGGCACUUUGUGUGUUGCCGUUUACUCAAUUGACGAUCUCUGGUACCGCGCGGAGGUAUUAGACGCUGAUGAAGAUAUCAUAACUGUUCGAUUCAUAGACUAUGGCAAUACUGAUGUCGUAGACAACAAACCAAGUAACAUUCGACAGAUGCCGGAUGACUGGAAGAACCUAGAAGCAUUUGCAUUUAAAUGCAGACUCGAUGUUAUUCCUGUAGAUACGGAGGAUUGGAAUGAGGCGACUUGCGAGAGAUUCAAGAAUUUAGUAAUGUCAGUGGAGAGUCAGGCUCUGAUAGUAGCAGAUACUAUGCCUAAGCGUGUAGAACUGUUUAUAGACAACAAGAGCGUCAGCGAGACGUUAGUCGAAGAGAAACACGCCAUCAUAAUUAAUACCGAGCAAGAACUCGUAAAUGAGAUAGUCGAUCUUGAACUUGAUCCGCACUCAGCCUUCGUGUGUCACAUUAAUUCACCGAACGAGUUUUGGGUUCAGGAAGAAAAAUCGGUUGCUGAUUUAGAAGUGAUGGCGGAUAGAUUUAUGGUCGCCGAUAUGUUCUCAAAGAUUGAAGAAAGGAAAGAAGGUUUACUGUGUGUCGCAAAGUAUCCUGAGGACGAACAAUGGUACAGAGCGCGCAUUGUCUCUUAUGACGAUAAUGGCACGCAAGUCAUAUACAUUGAUUACGGAAAUUCUGCAACAUCCACCGAAAUUCGCGCCAUUCCAGAAGAUCUAGCGAGUAUACCGCCUUUGUCGCGAAAAUGCUGCUUAGAAUUGCCAUUGCAAGUCGCGGAAUGGUCUGAGCAGGCACGUGAAGAAUUCAUCAAAUUGGCUGCAGACGGCGCGACAAUUUUCCUCCUAGACGUUCUGAAAGACCAAGAGACGUCGUUGGUGAAACUAACAUUGGACGGCCAAAAUGUCGCUGACAUUCUUGGUAAUAUGUGCGAGCGAAAUUCGCCGGUUAUCGAGGAGAGAUUGCCACCGCUCGGUGAAGAGAAUUCACCGAAUGUGGUAGUCAGUCACAUCAAUAAUCUGAACGAGUUCUGGAUUCAAGCCGAAAGCAGUAUAAGCGAACUGGAAGUAAUGUCGGAUCGUCUACGAGAUGCAGAAAGUUUUCUGACGUUAAAUAGCUUCGACGUGGGUACAGUCUGUGCAGCUCGAUAUCCCGAGGACGGUUAUUGGUACAGGGCAAAGAUAGUCGCGCAUUGUAAAGAAGGUACGGAUGUCUUGUACAUGGAUUACGGCAAUUCUGCGGUUACGGAGGACUUGCGAGUGCUGCCGGAGGAUAUCGUGAAUAUUCCCAUUUUAUCGAAACGAUGCACACUGGAAAAACCAAACAACAUUGUUGCAUGGAGUGAAGAAGCUUGCAACAAAUUUAAGGAACUCGCCGCCGAAGGAGCUACAAUGUUCCAGUUUGAAACUCUUAACGAAGACGACCCAAUGCACGUUCGAUUAUGUCUAAACGGAACAAAUAUUAUUGAUCUUUUAUCUGAAUGUGAAAAUAUUCCAGUAGUUAUAGAAAUAACCGAUACAGAAGAUAAAAAUAUUGCUGAAAAUAAUACUGUCGAUAAGGAAAUACAAAAAACAACAUUACAUGAUGAUCAACUAGUAAAGGAUAAAGAAACAUUAUUCAGUCAAAUGGAUGUGGAAUGCAUUAACCAAAUGAAAAAGCUUGAAAUUAAUGAAGUAGCAUCUAUUGAAUUGAUUAACCCUGAUAUAGAUGAGAAAUGCGAAGACCAGCAAAUUACAAGCUUUAGCGAAAUCAAAGAUAACGUAGAUGACAGUUCUGAAAUUACAAUUGUAGAAUGUACUUCCUCAAUAUUAAAAGAAAUUAUCAAUCAAGUCGAAAAGGAGAAGGAUUUAGAUGUCGAGGUUAAAAGUGAAAUGACUUCUAGUGCAAGUACUUCUAUUGCACCAUGUUUAAUAGCAUCCUCGUCCAAUGUAAAAGAACUUAGCAUUGACGAAAUAGUUGAGAGUAUGAUAAAAAAUGCCACUGACGAUCUAGAAUCACAGAAAAUUAAUGAUGCAAAUUUAUUUAAUGUAAAAAGAGACAUUGAUGAUCUAGAAUCGAACAAGGUUUUAUCUGUAACGACUGAAGAACACCCUCAGGACGUACAAUUCCAUACUAGUCAAGCUAAGAAUGAGGAACAAAAAGUAUGCAUUAAGAUGGAAUCUGAAGCAAACGAGUCUUCAAGAUCUGAAAUUUUAGAAACGGUAUCGUGCUUAUCAAAAGAACAAAUAAAUUUCGAACAUAUUCAAAAGCAAAGUCCAACAAAGAACGGAGUCAUUCAUGAAAGUAUAAACAAUGGUUUUGAAACUCAUUCUGGGAACACAGAUUCUUCCUCGGAAUUAUCUUCUACAGUGGAAUCGCCCAUAAUUAAGACUGAGCCAAGUACACAACGUAGUCAUUCAGAAAAACAGUCAGAGGAUAUGCUUCGUAUUUCUGAAAACGAGCCAAAUGAAAGCAAAAGCGAAACAGAAGCAAAAUGUUCUUUGACACCAAAAACGUCACAUACGGAGACAAUUGUAGCCGCUGUCGUGGCUUCCUAUGUACAAGCAGUUCUCGACGAUAAAAACGAAACUGACGAGGUGCUUGGUAUCUCUGAGGACAUUCCUAAAUAGAUGGUGUAAUUUUAUGAUAUAAUGGAUGCGUAUUGCAAAUUAAUAUGCACAUUAUGUACGUACGUAUAAACUUACAGUAUAAGAAUUUGUACAACGUAGUUUUUUCAAAAGAUUAUUUUUAU